AUGUCUAGUCGAUAUGCCGCCCACGAUCUCUCGGACGCGGCGAUAGGCGGCUCGCGCCUGCGCAUCCAGAAUGGCCAGUUCAUCGACUCGAGCGGCCGCACGGUAACACUCCAUGGCGUCAACGUUGCUGGAUCCAGCAAGCUUCCCACAUCGCCGAACGGACUUUCGCAUCUGCACGAGGGCUUCUACGAAUCGCAUCGCACCGUCUCUUUCGUCGGUCGGCCAUUUCCUCUGUCCGAAGCACCGCUGCACUUUGCUCGUCUUCGCGCGUGGGGGCUGCCUCUCAUUCGGCUUCUUGUAACAUGGGAGUCGAUCGCACAUGCAGGUCCGCGUAAAGAGGACAUCGACGUCGAGUAUAUCGACUAUCUCGAACAGCUGCUCAGGCUCAUGGCCGAGUUCGGGCUCAAGUGCUUCAUCUGUGCGCACCAGGAUGUGUGGUCCAGAUUCAGCGGCGGCUCGGGUGCGCCUGGCUGGACGUUCCAGGCUGCUGGUCUUGACAUCGAGACAUUCUCGCAGACCGGUGCUGCCUACAUCCACUGUCAGGAUGAGAAGGACAAACAGGAGAACGGCACCAGCAAAAAGGAAGCCACUGGCGCCUUCUUGUGGCCAUCCGGGUACCAGAAGCUUGCCGCCAGCACCAUGGCUACGCUCUUUUGGGCGGGUGAUGCACUGGCCCCCAAGCUGGCGCUCGAUAGCCUGGACGACAAGAAGGACGGCCAGAAGGUGGGCGUCCAGACGUUUCUGCAGUCGGCCUAUAUCGAGGCAUUUGGUGCGCUUGCAGACAGGCUCCUGCCGCUCGAGGCGUGCAUCGGAUUCGAGCCCAUGAACGAGCCGCAUCGCGGCCUGAUCAAUCUGCACGACUUUCACUCGUGGAACUACGACACGGAUCUGCACAUCGGUCACUACCCCUCGCUCAUCCAGGCUCUUGCGCUCGGCAGCGGCUUCAAGCAGGACGUCAAGUUUUACGUCAAGUCCUGGCCGUUUCCCACGCGCGUUUCGCACACCUCGACCAUCGAUCCCAAGGGCCGAUCCUGCUGGCUCACUCCAUCGACUGGCAGCGAUUCGAGAGCAGAGCAAGGUGCGGUGGACUCGUUGGCGGCGCUGGGCCACGGGCUGGGAGCGUGUCUGUGGAGGCAGCACGGCGUGUGGGAGUGGGACGAGUCGAAGCAGGUGCCCGUGGUGCUGCAGUACGACUACUUUGAGAAGGACCAUCGGCAGGGGCGGCAGGGCGACCGCAUCGAGUGGUACCGCGACUGUUUUGGACCGUUCCUCAAACGCUUCUCCGAGCGCAUCAACCGCUCGCGCCCUGGCGCGUUCACCUUUGUCGAACCGAUCCCCAACGAGUUCAUCCCCCCUUGGAUCCCCGCUCGCGUCAUCGAGGAUGCCACGCUUGCCGCCGAGUACAAGCAAGCCGCGUACACGCAAAAAUACGCCACGCGCACGCUCAUCGAUACCCCGCGUCCCAGUGGCGAGACGGGCUUCGUGUACGCGCCGCACUUUUACGACCUCAACGUGCUGUUCGGCAAGGUGCAUGAGUGGAUGAGCGUCAACGUGCAGGGCUUGAGUCGUGGCAUGUUCCUGCCGAAAGCGAUCUACUUUGGCGCGCGCGGGCUCAGGAAGAACUACACGGCGCAGAUGGGUCGGAUCAAGGAGCUGGCGCGCGCGUCGUUGGGCAACGUGCCCAUCGUCGUUGGCGAGGUGGGCAUUCCGUUUGACAUCAACGGCAAGCACGCGUAUAAGACGGGCGACUACAGCAAGCAGCACGAGCUUAUGGAUGCGCUCAUCAGUGCCAUGGAGAAGCUCGCGCUCGGCUUUACGCUGUGGAACUACAACCCGGACAACCGCGUCGAGUACGGCGAUGGCUGGAACUUUGAGGAUUUCAGCAUGACCAAUGGCGAUCACGAGCACGCUGACUCCAGUGCGGGUGGCACGCCGGGGUUGCAGCCCGACUUUCGCAAUGCGGCGCACGAAGAAGAUCCGCUGUAUCGAGGCGGUCGUACGCUCGAGGUCAUCAUCCGCCCGUACGCCGUCAAGGUCGCAGGCACGCUGGUCGAGACAACCUUCGACGUCGACACGCUCUUCUUCGAGGUGCACUGGAAGAACCCCUCCAAGCCUACUCGAGUAGAAGAGAGCGAGGAGGAUGAGAAGAAGAGGAGAACCACCGAGAUCUUUGUGCCCGCCUACCACUACCGCCACAAGCGCUUUAGCAUCACCACCACCGAUGCCGAGACCGUGUUCGACGCCGAGCUCCAGACGCUCUUUGUGACGCACAAGGACACGCGGCCGAACGCGGUGCACAAGCUCAAGAUCGAGCUCGAGCAUCCCCAGGCGCAUCGAGUGCACAGGCUGCGCGAGCGGCGUGCGCUUGUUCGCCCGCGCGGGGUUAUCGACAGGCUCGAAAGACUGUGUCCCGAGAGCAUCGUGCUGCGCUGGAACGCCAUGAGCACAGGCCAGACAUGGAGCAUCGUCCUGGUGCUCAUGGCUGUACUGCUCACCGUCUGGACGGUUGACCGACACAUGUCGCGCUUCAUGACGUCUCGCGCCGCACCAGCCGGCGGCAAGCUCGACCUGUGA